AAUUUUAUUUCUUUUUCUUCUGGGUAAAGAUUAAAGAAGUACCAGUAUGUAAUCAGCAUUCAUUAAAAAAAGGAAAAAGAUAAGAAAUUUCUCUUCGAUUAAAAUAUACUUCAAUUCCCCAUUAAACACUUCUUCCUCAAAAUUCUAAACGAGCAGAAAAGAAAAAAAAAGAAGAGAAUAACCCCAUUAUUCUUCAUCUUCUUUUCUUCCACGCAAUCCAAAUUUCUCUCCGUUGCACCGCUUCAUCUUCUUUCUUUACGGCCAUUUCAUUAUCAAAAAUUCCCCCUUUUUGUUUUUAUUGUGGUUUAAUUGAUCAAAUUUUACUACCCAUUUGUCAUUUGAUCCUAACAAUUUCUGGGUUUUAGGUUGUUUUGUCUGAUUGAACAAUUUUGUAGUUGUAUGGGUAAUCAUUUGACAUUAAAGGUUGAACCUUGGAAGGCAAUUAUGAUUAUUGAUUAUUUCCCUUGUUAUUGGGCUGGAAAUUAGCUUACUUCUGAUAUAGUAAACUUCAAUUUCUAUGUAAUUGGGUGUGCUUUAUCAUGCAUAUACCAAAUUUAUGCUGCAUUUUGAUGAAAUGACUCUGUUGGGUUUGUGGUAAUUUGUUUUGAUGCAGGGAUUCAGCUAGUUCUAGUUGGUAUUUGCUGAAACAAAUUCACUGACAAAAAGCUGUAGCGGUCUUGAUCGGUCAAGCAUCUGUGUGGAAUGGACUUGUUAUGUAUGCCAUCUGCUACUGUUUGCAAAUAAUGUCCAGUUGGCAAGGGGGUCGAAAUGCUCUGAGCAUAUUUAAGUGGAAAAGACUGGGUGAUCCUUCUCUAUCUGUAGGCCUACUUAAUGAGAUUCCACCUGAGAUUGAAUUAUCCGACUAUGGAAGGGUACCAAGUCUUGGUAGCGAAAGCCCUUCUGGGCUUCUUAAUGGGGAAAGCUUGAAAGUGGAACCUAUAUCUGAUUUGGACCUGUUCUUCGAAAGGCUUUACUGCUACUAUUGUGAGAAAGGGCUUUGGUGUAUCAUUGUAAAAUGGAUAGUUGAACUCCUUAGUCUUGCUUUUACAAUAUGCUUUUCCGGAUUUUUCUUGCUAUAUGUUGACUGGGACGGUCUCCGUAAAGUUAAAUGUGGAAUGGAUGCCGUUGAAUCUGGAACUAAGCCCUGUGAUCUUUCAAAAGAAGCCAUUCAUGAGCACCCGUUAACCCCGCUAACUCUUUCCAAAGCAAUUAUUCUUGGGUAUUUGGGUAUAUUUUCAAUUUAUUGGGUUUUCUGUUUUUUAAGGUUUUUUGCGCAGCUGAAAGAGACUCUCAGGAUACGCCACUUCUAUUACAACUGUCUCUAUGUUACAGAUAACGAGUUGAAGACCAUGCCAUGGCCAUCCAUUCUUGAGAAAGUGGUUCGUGUUCAGAACUCGCAGAAGCUAUAUAUGGUUAAGGAUCUGUCAGCUCAUGAAAUCAUGAUGCGAUUAAUGCGGAAAGAAAACUACUUGAUUGGUAUGAUCAACAAAGGGAUUCUGGCUUUCCCUAUCUCUACGUGGAUCCCUGGUGCUGGUCCAACUGUUAAGUCUAGCCCUACUAGGGGUCGUCAACGCCUCAUAUUGACACAGACACUUGAGUGGACCUUAAAUUGGUGCAUUCUGCAGAGCAUGUUCGACAGAAAAUUUUGUGUCAGGGGCGACUUUCUUUCAAAUCCCGGUACAUUGAGGAAAAGACUUGUUGUAGUUGGACUUGGAAUGCUUCUGCUUUCUCCAUUUUUAGUAAUAUUCAUGCUGGUUUAUCUCUUUUUGAGGCAUGCUGAACAGUUCUAUAAACAUCCUACAACAGCAGCAUCUCGCCGCUGGUCAAAUUUGUCAAAAUGGAUGUUUAGGGAAUUUAAUGAGGUGGAACACUUCUUUAGGCAUCGUAUAAACAGCAGCGUGAUACAUGCUUCAGAUUACUUGAAGCAAUUUCCAUCUCCCAUGAUUUCUAUUGUUGCUAAAUUCAUCUCUUUUAUAGCUGGUGGCUUUGCUGCAGUAUUGAUAAUUAUUGCAUUUUUGGAUGAAUCUCUACUCGAGGGCCAUAUCUUUGGGCGUAACUUAUUCUGGUAUGCUGCUGUAUUUGGAACUAUAACGGCCAUUAGUCGAGCUGCUGUGGCGGAUGAAGUUUUAGUUCUUGACCCGGAGGGCACAAUGUCUUUGGUAGUACAGCAUACUCACUACAUGCCCAAGAGAUGGCGUGGUAAAGAAAACACGGAGAUGGUUAGGAUGGAGUUUGAAACUUUAUUUCAGUAUACAGCAAUGAUGUGGCUGGAGGAGAUGGCGUCAAUCUUCAUGACCCCUUACUUGCUCAUAUUCGUUAUUCCAAAGCAUGUAAAUGACAUUCUGCAGUUCAUCACUGAAUUUACAGUAUACGUCGAGGGAGUUGGUGAUGUUUGCAGCUUUAGCAUCUUUGACUUCCAAAAACACGGAAAUGGCAAUUAUGCUUCUCCUUACAAUUCACAUCCCAUGCAAAGGAGUUCUCAAGGGAAAAUGGAAAAGUCUUUUCUGAGCUUUCAGACAAGCUAUCCUUCUUGGCGACCCGACAGUCAAGGGAUGCAGUUUCUAACGACUCUCCGAACUUUUCGGAAUGAAAAGUUACGGGGCGGGCCUAUUCCUGGAUAUGCGUACUCACCACCCAGAAGGUGGCAUCAGAGUCCGCGUUUGAGAGACCAAAGCACGAGAAACAGCUACUUCCGAAGGGAUUCAUUCUACAACAGUCCUGCACCAGGCUAUCAUCUGGGCUCUCUUUGGCUUAUCGAAACAGAACCUAAAACUCAUCCUUAUCUUCUUGAUUGGUUUUAUGUGUCGAGAUCCGGGAGGGUUCUUGGCGGUACUACUGAUGUCCUGGCAGUUGCUCUGGACAUCGAUGACAAUGAGGAAAGCAAAGAGUUUUGGAUGCCAUCCUUACAAAACAAACCUAACCAUGAAGAAAGUUGGCCCGAUUUCUUUGAGAAUCGGUCAAGGAGCAAUAUGGAAGCAUCUACAUCGUCUCCUGACUUCCUGGAGGGACAAAGUAUCCUCCAACAUCAUGACUCGAGCACCAUGCUACCUCCAACAAGGAGUCAUUGGUGGGCCCGAGGUGGGCCUAGCCGUGCAGAGCCUGAACAGGCAAGCUUUCUUGAGCCCCCCGAGUUCAGGCACCAAGGGGGCCUCCAACAGGCCAGCUUUCUCGAGCCUCCUGAAUUUAACCGUCAAAAUGUCGAUCAUCUCACGGAAAGCUUUUCGGAGAGGAGUGUAGGCGAGCAUGAACAGUUUGAUUGGAUGAACUACAAUAAGUUAUCUAGUACAGCUUAUCCGGACGACUUUGGUGCUAGUGGUAGAGACUUUAAGCUCCAUUUUGAUGAUAUAUAUAAUCCAUUAGAACCAUCGGAUUUGAAACUGGACCCUGGAAUUUAGCUUUAAUAUAAAUGAAUCUUAUGUGAAUUGAUUCUUGUUCCCCUUGCAUGGGAAAUGUUUGUUCAUUUCAUGACUUGGGUCUUUUUGGUACUACUUACUAGUACAUAGUUUUAGGGUUAAUUUCUCCUUUAUGUUUGAUCAAGGAGAAAAUGACAUUUAAAUUCUUUGUUGUACAUAAUUCAUGCCGUAUAAAUUGAUCUGAUUCACAAUCAA